GACUACCCAGCUGUGUGUUACCUCCUUUAUGAAACUUUUUAGUAUUUUUUUUAAUUCAAUAAACGGCAUUAAAACAAGUUAUUUGACACAAACAAUUGGUGAUGAAAACAAUCUAUUUGUGGAAUCGUGGGCGUCAUGAUUUUUGUUUUUUGUUUUAAUGUCAUUUAUAAACAUUGGGCUGUGAGUGCAUCUGCCAUUAAUGAUUGGAAAAAUCAGUGACAAUGAAUCGUAGCACACUAUGUAUUUACGUAUUUUUAAGUUUACUUGCAUCAGUAUUAAAUGGACAGAACAUCUUUGGGAAUGGGAACAAAAGGACUAAAAGCAGAAGGCAAAAAAAUGACCAAUCGUUCCCCCAAAGCCCUAUUAUGGACCUUCUGAUGCAGACUAUGGCACCCAACUUCGUUCCACGGAACCCUGGAGAUAUUUUUGACAUAUUGAGGGACAGAUACCCAUUGCCUAGUGGACUUCAAUCACCGUUCACCGAGUACGAUUACAUCAUAGUCGGGGCAGGGUCUGCGGGCAGCGUGCUUGCUGCUCGUCUCUCUGAGGACCCGAGCGUGACAGUUCUGGUGCUGGAAGCUGGCAAACCAGAGAACAUGCUGACAGAUAUACCAGCCAUAGCGCCCUUCUUUCAGAGGACGGAAUACAGCUGGCCGUAUUUUAUGGAGCCCCAGCAAGGAGUAUGCCGUGGAAUGGUCAAUCAGAGGUGUUACUGGCCCCGAGGGCGCGCGGUGGGAGGCACUAGUGUCAUAAACUACAUGAUAUACACCCGAGGCCGCCCUGAGGAGUGGGACCGCAUCGAGGCGGCUGGCAACUACGGAUGGUCGUAUAGUGACGUCCUACAGUAUUACAUGAAAUCGGAACGAGCCAAUCUGGUUGGCAUACCAAAUUCUCCGUAUCAUGGGACUUCUGGAGAACUUAACGUGGAAACUGUGCCUUUUAGAACACCACUCAUUGACACUUUUCUGGAAGCCGGAAGAAUGCUAGGAUACCCUACUGUAGACUACAACUCCCCUGAACAGUUAGGCUUUGGAUACCUACAAGCAACUAUACACAAUGGCAAAAGAACUAGUGCCGCCAAAGCAUUCUUACACAAAAACAAAGAAAGACCUAACCUCCACAUUUUGCCCAUGGCCGUUGUAUCAAAAGUUCUAAUCAAUCCUAUGACCAGAGCUACCUAUGGUGUACAAUAUGUACGAAAUCGCUUACAAUUUGAAGUUCGAGCGAGAAGAGAAGUAAUUCUAUCAGCUGGACCCAUCGCAUCUCCUCAACUCUUAAUGUUGUCUGGAAUCGGGCCAAAAAAUCAGUUAAGCCGUCAUGGCAUCCCAUUAAUACAAGAUCUGCCCGUUGGUCAAACUCUUUACGAUCACAUAACAUUCCCUGGUAUAGUGUUUACCCUCAACGUCACGAAUGUAAGUCUUAUCGAAACGCGUGAGACCACUUUCAGCAACGUUAUUCAAUGGAUUCAAUAUGGAGACGGUCCAGUCACUACAACUGGCGCAGCUGAAGGCAUCGGGUAUAUAAAAACUCCUGUAUCAGACGAUCCUGACCCAAUCCCAGACAUAGAAUUGAUAAGCAUAGGGGGUUCCAUAGUAUCAGAUGGUGGUUCUGGAGGCAGUAAAGCUGUAAGAAGAGGUAUGUUCAUAAGGGAGGAUUUAUUCGAUGCGACAUUUGGUCCUGUCGACGCUACCGAUACAUGGACUGCUUUUCCUAUGUUACUGCAUCCGAAGUCGGUGGGAUAUUUGGAGUUGAAAGAUAACAACCCGUUUAGUCAUCCUCGGAUGUACGGAAACUAUUUGACGGAUCCAAGCGAUGUAGCGACGUUCAUAGCAUCAAUUCGGUUUAUCCAGGCCUUGACUGAGACUGAGCCGUUCCAGAAAUUGGGGGCUCGUAUAUACCCAGCGAACUACACGACUUGCCCGGGGCUAGUGUUCGAUACAGAUGAGUAUUGGGAAUGCGCUUUACGGACUUUGACAGCGACUUUACACCAUCAGAUUAGUACAUGUCGUAUGGGGCCGAAAACCGAUCCUUUAGCGGUCGUGGACCCUGAACUACGAGUGUAUGGGGUUAGCCGGCUUCGCGUGGUGGAUUCCAGCGUGCUCCCGCGCACAUUGUCGCUGCAUACAAACGCGCCUGCAAUCAUGAUCGGCGAAAAAGCGGCAGACAUGAUUAAAGGGACAUGGGACUAGCUUUACAAAAUAAUAAUUUAGUUUGUUGUUAUUUUGUUUUAUUUCUGGUAAGGUUUAAUGUAAAGUUUUAGUAAGUAAAUAAUCCAGUAUGGGAUUUUGUACAAAUAGUUUAUGUCAAAG